AUGAUAAGAUGUGCUCUGCCUGAUAAUAUUUGUGGAUACAGAGUUAUCACAACUACUCGUAUUUUGAAUGUCGCCGAACAAGUUGGUGGUGCUUAUAAGCUGAAACCUCUAUGCCUUCACAACUCUAGAAUACUAUUGUACAGAAGAAUAUUUGGCAAUGAAGACAAAGUCAAAUGUCCUGAUGAGCAGCUGGCCGAUGUUUCUAAUAGAAUACUAAGGAAAUGUGCUGGUGUGCCCUUAGCUAUCAUCACAAUAGCUAGUUUGUUGUCUAGUAAAGGAGGAAACAAAAUAGAGUGGUUUAAGGUGUACAACUCUAUUGGCACUGGACUGGAAAAUAGUCUAGAUGUGAAGAAUAUGAGAAGGAUUUUGUUACUUAGCUAUUAUGAUCUGCCAUCCCAUCUAAGGACUUGCUUAUUAUAUCUAAGUGUGUUUCCAGAGGAUUAUGAAAUUAGCAAAGACCGUUUGAUAUGGAUGUGGAUUGCUGAAGGUUUUAUACAAUGUGAAAACCAAGGGGAGAGUUUGUUUGAUCUUGGAGAGAGUUACUUCAGUGAGCUCAUUAACAGAAGUAUAAUCCAACCCAAAUAUCAAGGGUACUGUGUAAUGAUAGAACAUUGCCGUGUACAUGAUAUGGUGCAUGAUCUUAUCUGUUCCUUGGCAAAUGAAGAAAACUUUGUCACAAUACUGAAUGACGUGUAUCAAUCAUCAGCAUCCACAAUGGUUCGGAGGUUAUCUCUACAAAAUAGCAAGAUUGAUCAAGAUAUGCCGUGGACUACUAUAAGCAUUCAACAAGUGAGGUCUAUUGUUGCCUUUCAACCUGCUGUUAAUCUAAUGCCAACCAAUCAGUUUAGAGUUUUGCGUGUAUUAGAGCUUCAAAAUUGUCAGAUUUUACAACUUUGCAGUCUUAAGCAUAUCGCAAAUCUAUUUCACUUGAGGUACCUAGGAUUAAUAAAGACAUGCAUUGCCCAGCUACCUGAAGAAAUAGGAAACCUGCAAUUUCUACAAACACUGGAUGUCAGUGAAAAUGGACUUUCUAGCUUACCUUCGACUUUUGUUCGGUUAAGGCGUUUGAUGUGCUUACGCGUUGACAUUCGUACAAGAGCACCAAAAGGGAUUAGGAACCUAACAUCUCUUGAAGAGCUAUCAAUGUUAUGCAUUGAUGACUCCACAGACAUCGUAGAAGAGUUGGGUCAUCUAACGGAGCUGAGGAUACUAGAUAUUGUCUUCCGCACAGGACAUAAUAACAGCUUGCAGAAAUCUCUGCUGGAGUGCUUAUGCAAGCUGCGGAAGGUCCAGGCUCUAUGUAUCAUGGUCUCUGGCGAAUGCAACAUGGAUGCCUGGGUUGCUCCUCGAUGUCUUCGUAGAUUGGAACUACCACAUUGUUGGUUCUCUGCGUUGCCAGCUUGGAUGAAUCCCUCGCUUCUACUGAACCUCUCCUUCCUAUCCAUCGCCGUGAGGAAGCUACUGCAAGAGGAUCUUGAAAUCCUUGGGAGGUUGUCAGCACUCCGCUUUCUAAAUCUGGUCGUGGGCCACAGAAAUCUCGGAAUCCUUGGGAAAUUCUUCUUCGGUGCUGGUUCAUUUCCGUGCCUAAUAGAGUGUGAUCUGAAGGGGUUUAUAGGACUUGUGGUGUUUGAGCUAGGAGCUAUGCCAAGACUAGAAAGUGUUUGCUUCCCAAUUGAUGUGCAGGAGACAAUAGAAAUCGCUGACGGCAGUGGCUGUUUCAACUCGGGCCUUCAAAACCUGCCAUCACUGCAGCAUAUUACCAUUUAUUUCCAUCGUGGUGUCGCCAGCAAGGGGGAUGUGGAGCAAGCGAAGGCUGCGCUGAGGCAGGCAACUGAAAUCCAUUCCAAUCGCCCCACCCUCGAGAUAUGCUUAUGA